ACUUGGUUAACAAUACUACCUGUCUAAACUGAGUUAAAUGGUACAGAACUUGAACUUUUAACCUUAGUUAGUUGUAAUUAGCAUACAAUCUAACACUUAUAUGCAUCGGUCCUAUUCGCCGCACCAUACCAAUACAGCGAGACGAAAUUAUCAGAAUAAAUCCUGGUGAAGUAGUAGACGUAGUAACCGUGUUAAUGAGAGUAGAGGAGAUUGAGCAUGGACAUAUAAUUCCAGAAACAACGAUCAAUUCGUGAAGCAUAAGCUUACAGAAUAACUACGAGACUCAGGAGUUAAAGGGAAAACUAAGGGCGAAUACAUUCGCAUCAUUGCGACCAAUUCAUGUUAUCACCAACGUUUCCAACCUUUAAUAACGACUUUAUUAGUUUCUGAACAUUUAUCUCCACAGUUCUAUAUUAUUACGGUAACAUAAAUGUACUUUUGUAACUCAACCUUUCUAAAUGGUGUAUGCUGUCACUCUUGAAAUAUUUUAAUAUCCCUGUCGAUAUCAAACAAAAUGUGUAUUUUAUGUCACUAAGAAUAUUGAGAUUGUCAUAGGAUGUGUGAGGAUUGUAGCUAAACAUUCCAACCGAAAAGCAUAUAGAGAUGUGUUUGAUAUCAUGCAGUAGUGUAGCUACAUCACAUUAAUAUCUAUCGGCCCAUUAUGUCUUAAAAAUUUCGUAGCCUAAUGGCUUAAGAUGUUCUAAGAUAUGAGUCAGGAUGGAAACCAUUGGCGAGCAUACCGUAGUUUCCUGUUAUAUUAUUCAUAACAGUUAAAUGUAUCUUUUGACUAAACGAAAUCCGCCUCAACUAGAUCGCACAAUUUUUUAUUUGUUGGUUUACUGUUUAUGUGACGUCUCCCCCUUCUUGUUCCUUGCAAUACUAUCCUUUUUAAUUGCGUUGCACAACUACACCAAACAUUUUUAUGUUGUAAAUAAAAAAACUUUAGUAUUAUUGUAAAUUGCACAAUAUUUACCAUCCCUAACUAUUUACCAAAUAUUACAUUGCCUUGCAUUUUCAUCGGUCAUUAGAAAACAGUCUAUCAAGGGAAUUUAAAUAGUCAUUUGGAUAUGAAUUCAUCGCAUUGUGCAGAAAUACAGUUUCACAGUCAUCAAUUGAAUAAUUGGUCUAGUUUUAAUCAACCAACUGUUCAAUUCAAACAACAGUCCAAUACUACAGAUAUUACUCCAUUAGUUAAUGUUGCUAAUACAACUACUACAAAUUUCUCUCCCAGUUUAAAUAUUUCAAAUGAUGAUUUUGCUGUAAGAAAUCAACGUAUUGUAGAUCCAUGGGCAGUUACAUCUGAUCAGAAAGCUUAUUAUUUAUCACAGUUUCUUAGGCUACAACCAGAUAUUGGUUCAAAACUCAGUGGAUUGCAAUCGAAGACAUUCUUUGAAUUAUCAAAUUUACCAUCUUCAGAAUUAUCAAAAAUUUGGGAACUGUCUGAUCUUGAUCAUGAUGGACAAUUAACAUUGAGUGAAUUUUGUAUUGCAAUGCAUUUAGUUGUGUAUCGAUUAAAUGGUGUUCCGAUUCCUAAUAAUUUACCGACAGUUUUAUUGGAAUUAGUUGAAACUAAUUGGUUAUCUACAAAAUUGUCAUCAAUAUCAUCACCAACUGUAAAAGCAAAUACCACCACUACUGCUACUACUACCAACAAUAGUUGUGCUAAUAUUUACGAACUAACUAAUUGUACAUUGAAUUCUACUUGUCAACAAAAUCAUAUCAGUUCAGUGAGAUAUAAAGCAAUAGAUAUGCCUAAUUCAUUUCAACAUCACGAUAAUCAUCAUCUAUCAUUAUUCUUGUCCUCUUCAUCACCAAUUUCAUCCGUGUCAACUUGUCAAGUUAAAACACUAACGACAUCAUCAUCAAUUCAUGUUAAUACAUCUCUAACUGAAAUGAUUCAGUCUACAAAUUUUACAGAAUUGAAACAUGCUCAUCACGAACCAAAUCAGCAACAACAAAGACGUUGGUCUUUAUCUAGUCAAAGUGAUGUUAGCAGUUUAUUAGCAUCAGAAGAAGGAAUGAUGUUAUUCGAAUCGAAACUAAAUACAAAUGCACAACUAAAACAUCCUAUCCCAUUAAGAGCUAAAACAUUACCAUCAAAUGUUAUUCCUGAGCUGGUGAAUUCAAUGGUGAAUACACCUCAAGAUUAUUCUACCGUAGAUCGUCAAAAUGAUUUUUUGCACACAUAUCAACUUCCAUAUAGUAGUAAUAAUGAUAAAUUUUCUACUGCAAUUAGUAAUCGAAUGAUUGAAUCAACUCCUCGGUUACAACCACAGCCUAUUACAAUUCAUUCAUCUCCUAUAUUAUUCAAUAGUCAACAUUCCGAUUCGAUAAGAUCUCCAUCGUCAUCAGUAAUACAGAAGGCUCCACCUCCUCCACCACCACCUAGAGCUAAUUUACUACUUGUCACUAAUAUUGAUUGUGUUCAUAACGACAGUGUGGGACAGAAAUGUGAUGUUUCACUAAUUGAAGAGAAAGAGGACUUUGUUCCAUCUCUUACAACAGAAUUCAACUCAGAAGAAAUGAAAUUAACAGAAUCUCAACAACCAUAUAUUACUUCAUUAAUUACUAGUAGUAAUAGUAAUGAUAAUGACACUGAUAAUGUGGAUAUAUUAAAACGUCAAUGUGAUUCUAUUAGUCAAAUUAAUGAACAAUUAACUACAACAUUAAUAAAAUUACAAAAAGAUAGAAUAGCAUUGAAAAUAUUUCUGGAACGUUUAAUGCCAUUAGAAACAAUUUAAGUGUUUAUUAUCAAUUUCAAUAACUAGAUCAUCAUUACCGUUUAUAUUUACUAAUCACUAAUCUUAAUUGUUAGCUUACAUUGCUGACAAUGUGAUAACAUACAUACCAAUGUACGCAUAUAUAUAUAUAUAUAUAUAU